CCUCUACAAAAGCAAAAGGGGGCUUUCUUUGUAGAUCUGCCUACAUUUUGUUGCCCCUACAGUUCAUGUCUCAACGUUCUGACCUCCAGGGUAGCAGAUACAAACAGCCGUGAUCUGCCAGAUAGCAAAAUCAGUGUUUUACACCAACGACACCUCAGAGAACUAUAUGGACCAAAACAGUAAGAUGAUGAUAUUCUGCCUGUUUCUGGCAGCUCUCAGCAGUCCUGUGUUCGCUGAAGAAUGGAAGGCGAAUGUUGUAAAAAGUCUCGACGCUCUGGUCAGUUCCUGCAUUGUGGUGCCGUGUUCAUUCACCCAUCCUAAAGGAAACCUGCCCACCUCCAGACUCAGAGGGAUCUGGCAUCGUUCAAAUGAUCGAAAUGAACGCAUCUAUUACGAGGAUCAAACGCAGGUUUUGGAAAACUUCAGGGGCCGCACACGGUUGUUGGGACAUCUGGGUCAGAGCAACUGCACCUUAGAAAUGAUGGACGUUAAAGAUCAUGACAAUGGCCCUUUCUGCUUCCGGAUAGAACAGGCACUGACAGAGACAAAAACCGACGACAAGUUCUCCUUUGUGGAGGAUUGUGUCAAGUUCAGAAUGCUCCCUGAUCCUCCAAAACCUACACUGACUCACCCAAAGACAGCCAUUGAAGGACAUCCCUACACUGUCACCUGCUCGGUCACCCAUACCUGCCCCUCCCAUGUGCCUAAACUCACAUGGAAUAGAGGCACUGCCAAUGACGCAACUGAGGUCCACAAAGAAACUCACCCUGGCAACUGGGAGGCACAGUCCAUCCUGACCAUCAUUCCCAAGGAGAAGGACGACCACACUGAGAUCAAAUGCAAAGCACAAUUUAAUGGAGGGAAGACGUCCUUUACAACACUGACACUCUAUGUGAAACGUACAGAAAACUACAACCACAUCAUCAUUCCCACAGUGGCGGCGAUUGGCACAGCUGUGAUCUUUGCAGUCUUCUGCAUUCUCAUGGCGAAGAAAUACAAGACACGUAUUGCAGAGCUCCAAAAUCAAGAAGGCAGUGUGUGGAACCGGAUUUCCAGACUGUCUCGCAGGAGCAGAAUCUCAAGAUAAUCAAAGAAAAGUGACCAGCAGCCUCUGUCAUCAUCAUCAGUCUGCACUAGUGUCUUUUUUUUAUGCUUUUCUAAGAGUCUUUUUAAAGUUUCAUUAUAAUAAUACAGCAAGUCAAGGGACAAACAUUUGCUGGUGGGUUUAACUUCUUAACUUGCGUUCAUGUUAUUCACAUAUCAGCUUCAGAGAAAUGGCGUUACUUUAAUAGCAACUUUUAAAAAAUCAGAAAGCACACACACAAAAACAAGAUAUAAAAAUCUGUUGACAAAAAGCUUUACCAGCUUGGUUCCCUGGAAAGCAACAUGCCACUUUUUAUUCGUUAAACUCACACUCUGCAUACUGAAAACUUCCCCACCCACUGGUUUGUGAUAUAGACACUGCGUUUGGGUUUCUCAGUUGAUCAUUAGAGCCAUGGUGACACAGUUUGCUGUCUAGCACCAAAUCUUAAAGCGUGCUACAAACACCCAGCACUUCCUGUUUUCUGAACAGAUGUAUCAGGAAUGUAAACAUUAACUCUUUGUAUAUUACAUUUAGUUUUGUGCUUAUCUGUUGUGAUUGCCUCAUCAUUGCUUGACUGGUAAUGUGUUUGUCCUCUACAGGGGAACAUAUGUACAAACCUCCAUUCACUAUACUCUAGUUUCAUAAAUGUUUAACAGUCCCAGAUAUACACUUUCUUUUUUAUUCAGCUGCCUUACCUUUUUUGGACAUUGGUUAACUGCCAUGGAUGUUUUUAUUUCUUUUUUUACAAACUGCCCACUCUCAAUAGUCAUUCAGCCGUGUCAGCCAGAUGGUGGUGCUUUAAGACUGCUUUAGAGCAGUUGGCAUCAUCGAAGAGUGGAAGUGAAACAAGAAUGGGAGACAAACUGUGGAUCAAUUAAGCGUGACGGAAAGUUCCCCUCGACAACAAGAAAGCUCAAGUUUAAGCAUGUACUAGAAAACAAAAAAAACAAAUGUCUGAGCCACUGUUUGUACAUCUUUAAGUAUUUUUGCAUUGCAUUAAAAUGCUCAUUGCUUGUGUGUCUAGCUGCCAAAACAUAAUAAAGUAUAACUUAAGAGUGACCUCUGUAAAAA